AUGUCUGGAAGCGCCUACGACAGACAUAUUACUAUCUUCUCCGAUCAAGGUCGAUUGUACCAAGUUGAAUAUGCCUUCAAGGCCAUCACCUCGGCCAACAUCACCUCCAUCGGUGUGAGGGGGAAAGACUGUGCUGUUGUGCUCUCGCAGAAGAAAGUCGCUGACAAAUUGAUCGACCCGUCCUCCGUUUCACAUGUUUUCCGGAUCUCGCCCUCCGUAGGAUGUGUGAUGACUGGCUCCAUAGCAGAUGCUCGGGCAUCCGUUGACCGUGCCCGUGGUGAGGCAGCUGAGUUCCGCUACAAGUUCGGAUAUGAGAUGCCUUGCGAUGUCCUGGCAAAGCGACUGGCAAAUAUCAAUCAGGUCUACACACAACGGGUACUCUUUGAAACUCUUCAGGCUUACAUGCGACCACUCGGUGUGGCGACAACCCUGAUUUCUGUCGAUGAUGAGAGCGGCCCACAACUCUACAAGUGCGACCCUGCUGGUUACUUCGUUGGCUACAAGGCCACAGCAUCCGGUCCCAAGCAGCAGGAGGCGCUGAACUACCUGGAGAAGAAGCUGAAGAACAAGGAUGCGGCCGCUGGCAGCUGGGAGGAAGUUGUGGAGCUGGGUAUCACAGCCCUGAGCAACGUCCUCAGUGUCGACUUCAAGAAGCACGAGAUCGAGAUCGGUGUCGUUGGAGGGCCGCGGGCCGAUGGCCAGGAGGGAACCACCACAGCGUUCCGUGCCCUGACGGAAGAGGAGAUCGAUGAACGGCUGCAGGCCAUAGCCGAGAAGGAUUAA